CACUGGUCAACCAUUGGUCAACCAUUGGUCAACUAGUAGUCAACCACUGGUCAACUGCUGGUCAACCAUUGGUCAACCACUAGCCAACCACCGGUCAACUGCUGGUCAACCAUUGGUCAACCAUUGGUCAAUCAUUGGUCAACCAUUGGUCAACUGCUGGUCAACCACUGGUCAACCAUUGGUCAACCACUGUUAACCACUAGUCAACUGUUGGUCAACUGCUGGUCAACCAUUGUCAACCACUGGUCAACUGCUGGUCAACCACUGGUCAACCAUUAAUCAAUCAUUGGUCAGCCACUAGUCAACCACCGGUCAACCGCUGGUCAACCAUUGGUCAACCACUGGUCAACCACUGGUCAACUGUUGGUCAACCAUUGGUCAACCACUGGUCAACCAUUGGUCAACUGCUGGUCAACCAUUGGUCAACUAGUAGUCAGCCACUAGUCAACUGCUGGUCAACCAUUAGCCAACCACAAGUCAACUGCUGGGCAAGCACUGGUCAACCAGAAGCCAACCACUAGUCAACAGCUGGUCAACCAUUGGUUAACCAUUAGUCAACCACUGGUCAAUGAGGACCUACAGGUACCACUAAGUCCAACUCCCUCCACCCAACCCCUAUGGUUUUGGGUGCCCCUGCCCUGUGGAGCUGUGCCAUGCCCACCUCCCUCUGGUGCUCAGCCUUUUCCUAACACCCAUCCUGUCCAUCCCAACACAGCUCCAUACCUUUCUUUAUGCCCUGUAUUUGUCCCCAAAGAGCUGUAAGGGCCCCACACCCACUCCCACAGAGGACGUGGGGCUGUAGUGUUGUAUCACAGCCAUUCGUGCCCUGCUUUCAGUGUGCAGGAGGUGAUGGAUGGCAGAGCCAUCAGAGCCUGAGACUGAUGGCUGAAACGCAUCCAGCUCAGCCCUGGCAAUGGAUCUUAUCAUGUCAGGCUGGAAAAUUAAAAUGUUAUUGAUGGGGGAAGUGAAAUGCAGUGGUGAUUUUUCUUAGUUUUAUUUCUCUUUCAAUUUUUUUCCCCUUCUUGAUUGAGUUGGAAUCGUCACCAGUCACUCCAAUCCCAUUGCAUCCCCCCCAUACUGGAUAUCCUGCCUGUCCCAGAGCUCCAUUUUGGGUUAUUUUCACCCUCCUUUGUGGGGGGGAACACAGGAAUAAGAUACAGCUGUGCCCUAUUAAGGUUGAAUCCCCCCCAUACAUACACACACAGGGACCCCAGAAUCCCAGCUGAUGGCCCAUUCCCUGCAGUGAGGCUUUAGGACGGAGGAAUUUCUGAGGACUGGGAGAAAUUAAUUCAAGACCAGGUGGAGACUUCAGCAAAGCAGGAGAACAGCUGCCACUUCAAAGGGGACGCUGGCCUUUGGAGGGGGAAAUAGCCGGGCUAUUUUUAGGCAAUUAAAUAGAUAAUUUAACAUGGGAUUGAUGCUGUGCAAGAGAAAUUCUGCUGUCAGAGACAGCAGGAAGCAAAGCUGUUCUGCUGUUUGGCAGCCUGGAUGUUACAGGGAUGGUGCCUUGAAGUCCAGGGCUGGAGAGAUUCCAUUCAGUGGGUCAAUAUCAGUAAUGCUCCUUCAAUAGAGACUUACUUCGAGCCCUUGUGUAAAGGAGCAUUGCCACCUCCUGGGCACACAUGGCACUGGGCAAUGGGAACCCAGGCUGGGCCAUGGGAGCACAGGACAAGCACCAGCCACAGCUGUGUAUUUCUAUGGAUUCAUGAAGCUUUCUCCAUGCAGAGCUCUGUCCCUCACACCCUCCCACAAUGUGUAAAUAAAAGCAGAUGCUGACGGUUCAUCCUCUCCUGUUUUUAAGCUCUAGCAAUCCCUGCUCUUGUUUCCAUGUGCUCCCAACAGACGCUCCAGAUUCAAUCAGACCCAUAGAGAGGGGGGACACACUCAGGAUAUCCCACUAUCCUAUGAAGCACCAAUUGAGUCAUUUACACAUCAUGUACCAUCCACGACGGCCCUUUAUAUCUAUCUCCUUUUAGCUCCAGAACUGCUAAUUCUCAAUCUGAUCCUCAGCUACACCUGUCAGGGAUAAAUAUGCACCAGCCCAACAAAUCCAGCUGUGUUAGCUGAGCUGAGAAAUAACCCUGGGAUAUGGAUGGGGGCGGGAUGGCUGCUCUGUGAGUAUUCCACCCCCCCUUCCUCGCUGGGAAAAGAAUAUUUCUUUCCUACUAUUAACGAUGCAGGUCUCAUCUGCUUGCUCUGAUUGGGAGGUUAAAAACAACCCAAUAACCCACCCAGGCUGGAGGGGAGGGCAGGGGGGUAUAUAGGGCCGGGGUGCAGGCGGUGCAGGCAGACAACAGCACCAUGAGGUGGCUGCUGCAGACCCUCUGCCUGCUGCUGCUGCUGCCCUCCCACCAUGGAGCUGUGAUCACAGGGGCCUGCGAGCGGGACCCGCAGUGCGGCAGCGGGACGUGCUGUGCUGUCAGCCUCUGGCUGCGGGGUCUGAGGAUGUGCACCCCUCUGGGGCAGGAGGGGGAUGAGUGCCACCCCUUCAGCCACAAGAUCCCAUUCCUGGGGAAGCGCCAGCAUCACACCUGCCCCUGUUUGCCCAACUUCAGCUGCUCCAGGUUCCUCGAUGGCCGCUACCGCUGCUCCCUCAACUUCAAGAACUUUGACUUUUAGGUGAUGGAGCCGUGAGUGUCAGCACAGCCUGCAGCCCCCAGCACCCAUUUCUCCCCCCUCCCUCCCCCAGACAACCCUACAAGUGCUUUUCCAAGGUAGACAGCGUUGCUACAAGCCAUGUGUAUGGGGAAACUGAGGCACGGUCAAGCAAAGCUGCUCUGGCACAUUGCUUAGCAAAGCUCUGCCCCCAGAGCAGAUGGAGGACAGCAAAUCUCUUGGGCCUCCAAAAACCCUUUCAUGGAGCAUAGCCUGCAUGCAAUGGAUGCUGUCAGCCAGAUUUCACCUCCAUCCUUUCAUUUGGGAGGAGUGAACUUUCUCAUCCAGCCUUCAAUUGAAAGAAACAGUUAUCAAUUAGCUUGGGUAAUUAAUUAAGGGUUGGCUUUUCCCUGAUGUUCAAGCUCUGGUGCAAAGCAUCUUGCAAUGCCAUGUGUUUAUCGAGGGGGGGGAGUGGAUCUGCCUGCUGCCCAAUGUGGGGCUAUGGGACACGGGGAGAAGUUUUCCACAUCAGCCUCUAUAUCUGCUGGUCAAAUGUGAGAGGGCAAUGCAUCCCUUGACAUCCCUUAAAGCAAUGGCAGUGCUUGAAGGCAAAGCUGGCUGUGGGGCAUGGAAGUGCUUGGGGUCUGUGUGUCUCCCCCCCACAUCCCUCCCCUUUUUGGUGCAUUUUUAUGGGGUUUGGUGCUAUUGUAGUAGUUGUUUCUGUUUCUAAGGAUGCCCAUUGGAGGUCUGUGGCAGAUGCUGUGUUAAUAGAGAAUGUGAAAUAAACAAGAUUGGGAGAAAGCUUCCCCAACCUUUCUGUCUCAACCAGUGUAUUUUGGGUGAAAAUAAAACAUUGCAAUGCCUGGGUUGAUUUUA